UCCCGCCGCAGAUGAGACAGGCCUUCGGCAAAUAAGGCGUCUGGCGGGCGAAGAAAACUUGGGCCGUCAGUGCGUGUUUUGUGUGCGCGCGGCAUACCUGCAUGCAGUGCGUGACCAGCCAUGACUGAAGAUGCACAGAGACGCCGCCGAGUGGCCGUGGUGGUCCUCGGUGACUUUGGACACAGCCCGCGCAUGAACUACCAUGCCUUGUCUCUCGCGAAGGAACGACUCGAGGUCGACGUGGUGGCCUACAGCGGUUCCAAGCCUGGUCCUGAUGUCCUGUCCAACCCACACAUCCACCUUCACCUUAUGAGGGAGCCACCUGGUUUUCAGAAAUAUGUUCCAAGGCUGGUGGCAUACAUUCUAAAGGUGCUGUGGCAGUCCCUAGCCUUGUUCUUCAGUCUGAUGUUCCUGCCCAAGCCAAGCCAUGUUCUUGUUCAGAAUCCCCCAUCGGUACCAACACUACCAGUGGUGUAGUUCUGCUGCCUGCUAAGAUGCUCGGCACUUGUAGUGGACUGGCACAACUAUGGCUACUCCAUACUGGCGCUGACAUUGGGGCCUGGACACCUCCUGGUCCGCAUCUGCCGCUGGUGUGAGAAAACAUUUGGCAAGAAGGCAAAGAGUGCAUUCUGUGUGUCUCAAGCAAUGCAGCAGGACCUGGAAUUGAACUGGAAAGUGCAAGCCGACGUCCUCUAUGACAAGCCCUCGUCCACAUUCCAGCCGACUGGCACAGAGGAACGACACGCCCUGUUCCAACGUCUGGCCACGGAAUAUCCGGAGUUGGCCCAUACCAGUGAUUCAUCAGACGAGGCGGACGGAGGAAACAUCUUCACCCAAGCUGCACCCGACUCCAAUGCAGCAACUCUGAGACCCGAUCGACCAGCUUUCAUCGUCAGCAGCACCAGCUGGACAGAGGACGAAGAUUUUUCGGUGCUUCUGGAUGCCUUGAAAGAGUACAGCACUCGCAAGGAGCAGGGCGACAGUGGCCUCCCAGACUUGUUCUGCAUCAUCACCGGCAAGGGUCCACAGAAAGACCACUAUCUGUCUCUGAUUCAUGCCAACCCACUGGCACAUGUGAAGUUCUUGGCGCCCUGGCUGUCGGCUCAGGACUACCCCAAGAUGCUUGGCUCUGCGGACCUUGGCGUCUGCCUUCACACGUCCUCAAGCAAGCUGGACCUGCCAAUGAAAGUCGUCGACAUGUUCGGGUGUGGUCUACCCGUCUGCGCUAUAGACUACCCGUGCCUGAGGGAGCUAGUCAAGCCGGGAGAGACGGGCCUUGUGUUUGAAACCAGCAGUGAGCUGUGUCAGCAGAUAUGUGACCUACUUGAAGGAUUUCCAAAGCCAACAGAGCUUCUUGGCUCGCUCAGGGCCAACGUCCAGAAGUGGCAAGCUGUGCGCUGGGAUGACAACUGGAGAGCAGUCGCACUUUCCAAGUUUUGCAGUACCUAGCUCUUGCCAAAUAUGUGUGCUGUGUGUCUCGGGACGGGUCCCGAGACCAAUCAGAAGAUUGCCAUCCAGAGCCAGGGCAGUGCGCGCUUAAUUUGGCACCUCUACUCACUGCUGCUGUGGACUGGUUAUUUUACUGUGCAGGAAGCAGCAGGCCUGUACUGAAUGCAUUGAAUCUUUCCUGGAGUCCUUCUAUUUUCGCAUGUGAGCAUUUAAGUUAUGGGAAUUGGGCUUGUAUGCUUCGCGCUGGGUGAUCUUCUUAUCUUCAAAGUAUUUUGUUUGAAACAACAUAUUUGUUGGGACCAAGGGUGCCUUUAUUGUUAAUCACAAGUGACUGUGACCAAAAUAAAUAAACCCUUCUUCAAUUUAA